GUUGGGUGGGCGAGCCGUGAGCACCUGUUCCGCCCCAAACUGGGUUGGCAUGGCUCGAUAUGGUGGCCUUUUCGGUAUCAUGGCUAUGGUGAUGCUAUCCCCACCCUGCUUGGCGCUAGUCAGAACCGAGUUGAUCGAAGAAUCGGGGGUUUCGGCCACGCUGGUUGCUGAUGCGUUCGGGGCCGCCGCCGGCGGGUAUAUGCAUUUCGAAGUUGAGCCGACGCCCGAUUGGCCGAGCAACGGCGUCGCCUACCUUGUCGUCGUGGCGGAGAGCGUGACAUCUCAGUAUUUCACCACCCUGCUUGAGAUGAACGAUCUGGAAGCGGACGAUCCGCCUCCGGUGUGCGCGGCUCCUUCGGCCGGCCGUUUCGAGAUCACGGGCCACGAUUCGUUCAACAUGUCCAUCGCACACCACGACCUGUUCUCCGCGUACCUCGUGGUGUGCGAUCGGGGGGGCAGCUUCUACGGGCACGUGACGUCGACCUUCCUCAACCGUGUGCCCGAGGGGGACCUCACCCAACACCUCCCCAUCAACCAGGCCAUGCUGCCCGCGCUGUACACGUUGAUGAGCGUGGUCUACGUGGCGCUGACCGCGGCGUGGCUGGGCGAGAUGGUUCGUCUCCGUCGCCACGUGCUGCCCGUGCACUCGCUGUGCCUGGCGUGCGUGGUCGUCAAGACCGUGCAGUUCAUCCUUCGGGCGAUCUACUUCCACCGACAGAGCGUUCACGGCGGGGAGGGGGACAGGGAUCGACUGCUUGGCGCCGCGGUGGUGUUCUUCAUCGUCCUGUUCCAGGUGGUGUUCUUGCUGACGCUGCUGCUGUUCAGCCUCGGCUGGGGGUUCAUACGGCCCGCCCUUCGGUCCAAGGAAGGCUGGUUGGUAACCAUCACCAUCGGGUUCUAUGCAGGCGUUUCCCUGAUUGACGCCAGCUGUGACGACACGAACUCCUCCAGCUGGUGCAGCGGUGUCGGCCUCAUGGCGUACGCCGUCCGCAGCCUGGUGAUGCUCACCACCGUCGUUGCCAUCAACUUCAACAUCACGCACAUCCGCUUCUGUAUACAGCUCCCUUGGACGAGCAGCAGCGCCCUCGAGUACGUCAAGCUGAGCCGGUAUCUGUCCUACCGUAUGACUUUCCUGGCGUACUUACUCAUGCCCACGGUGUUGUUGAUGGUGAGGGUGUUCAUCCUCUCGUGGGAAUACGACUGGAUCUACGUCGCCCUCGAUGAGUUCGUCAGCUUCCUCGUCAUCGUGCAUCUCGGGGUUACCUUCGCCCCGCUCGACCCGUGGUUACUGACUCGCGCUUUCGAUCAUAGCUUGGAGCAGCAGGGGUCGUGACGACGCCACACACGUGCGUGAUGACCUCUACCUUAGAUAGGGUAUGCUAUUGUACCGGUUGAGUCUAGAACUCAGGUACACCUCUUCAGCGUUCUGUUUUGUGCGUAGACGUGGAGUGUGGCCUUUAGUUCGUUCGUUGUGGGUUCUUCGCAGGACCCCUGCUGUAUUGUAUGUAGGCAAACGUGUAAUAUGCUUUUACCUCGGUCUCUUGUGAUGUUUUGUGGUGUAGUGGUGUUGAUUGGUGCGCAAGGUACGCGCCUGUUGUGUCCAAAACCAGAUAUUUUAGUCGUACCAAGAAGCCGGGUUCCUUUGGGUUAGGGUCAGGGGUAGUUUUUGCUGCCUGGGUGGUACAAGGGGUGGUGUCUACUAGGUGGUCAGAGUUGAUUUCGGGCGAGUGAUCGCGCACUAGGCGCACGCUAGCAUUUGGUAGCCUUCGAACUAGCGUCCAUGCUCUGCCGUACCCGGUUGGGUGUGGGACGAUCAUGCAAGGGCACCAGGAAGACAUCUUUCGUUGCUUGAAAAGCUGAACAUCUCCCGAGUACGUAGAAAUGUGGUGGACAGGGCUUCCAGAAACAAGGAGAACGCAAGCAGUUUGCACGGCUACACGGCAUGAUGCGCUCGUUUCUUUCGGGAAAAGCUGUUCUAAUCCCCGCAUGGUUUGCGCUGGCCGAACGCGACCACCUUCUUCUUGUCUUUCGCUGCAGUAUUUCCUCAGUUUCUCCUGAACGACCGUCG